GAGCUUGGAAAUCUGGUAAUACUUUUCAACAUCCGAAUCCAACUGUGAAGACCAAACAGCCUACCUAUGCUGCUUCGAGAUCGGUCCAAUCAAUUCAACAUGAAUCCCGGAAGAAACAAAGUGCAAACAAUGAGGUUAUGGGGUUGAGAAACACAAACGAAUAUCUCAACAACUCGGCGACGAGUGUCUUGUGAAUCGUAUCGAUACAACUCCUGAAAUCAGAGGUCUGCAGAAGCUUACACUCGAUCGUUGCACGGAAAGUGGCUCGUGUGGCAGAGAAUGUCGAGAAAGAAAUGCCAUACCAGAUCAUUCCUCUAACUUCCAGCCUCAAAGGGAUAUGAAAAGGCAUCCUUUACCUAGAGGCUGAAACGUCAUAAUUGAUUAUACAUGUCACAUCAGAGACAAGGGAAGUACACGCGAGAGUGGCUCGGCUGGAAUGUACUUUUCAAAGGUAACAUUCCGUUAGCUUUACGCGUAGCAGCAGGAAGAUUCCUGUUGUUGGUCUUGCUGUAACAACCAUACAAGAGGGUAUCACUUGGUGAGGAGUUAAACCCAAAGCAUUCUGGGUUCACAAAUACACGAUAGCUCUUCGGAACUUCAUAUGUGUGUCCACGAUGGGUGAGAGGAAAUGGCAUUCGCAGUGCAUUCGUGGACGCGGUAGACGCCAAGUAGCUUGGCAGCGAGGUCUCAUAUUCCAAGCCUCUACAUUCUUCAUAUUCUUUGAUAUGUACAACACAAUUUACAAGUAUAAAUCUUUCUCAUACUCUCAUUCCCUUUGUUUGUACACGCGUUGUUCCUUUCUCUUUUUCCCAACUAACGGCAUUAUUUUCAAUAUGAGGACCGUAAGCUUGUUGAUCUUUCUGACCUCUGUCAGAGGCAUUUUGGGUGGUGUCUGCACUAAAGAUCAAUGCGCCGAUGCUAUUACAGCAAUUGGUGAAAUCAACGUCGGUCUCCAAAGUCGUUCAUUAGAUUGCGCCAAAUUCAUAGCGACUACUGUCACUCCCAAUGCUUCGAUUGCUUUGAUCACUACCAGUGCCAACAUGGAGGACUAUCCCUAUGUUCCUUCUCAAACAACUGCAGGUCAUGGUACAAUUCCUACUUACGCAUCAUAUUGUACCGAUGCAUCUAAGUAUUCUUCCGCCUGUAAUUGUGCGGGGGUGACACCAUCAACAGUUCUCGCUCCAACUCCAACUACCUACCUUUACGAUAAACUACCCCUGUGCGCUAACCCGGCUACGUGUGCACAAGGAUAUAGUAAUUCUGCUUGUGGGGGGGGAGCUGGGAUCUGUAUUCCUAGUGGGGGAAAUGAUGAUUCUGGUUUCUGUGUCGCUGCAGGAAGUUGCGGAAUCACCUGUGAAACCCAUUCGGAUUGUACAACCGGCAUCUGCCUGAAGGACGUUUGUUGUGGUUCUACCUGUUAUAAUCCUUCGGUUCAAUUCGUCACGACAUGGCCUCUUACUGCCAACAAACUUGCCAAGAAAGACUUUAGUAAUUUUAAGGAUCUCUUCAACAAAUUCAAUGAGGUAAAAUCGAAAUUAUUCGGCUCGUCGAGGAACAAAAUCUUGGGUACUUAUCUGCCUGAGAACCCUCAGCCUACGAACUUCUUCAAAGGUGGAUUUUAAGAUGGCAUUAUUUGGAUUGGCGUGAUAUUGAAAGCACGUCAGGUUGGAGUAGAUGAAACUUAGGUUAAUAUGGGAUAUGAAUCUCUUUCUGUUGCAGUUGUUGGGAGGACUUGAAAUUGUUUGAUCAGUUUCUUUGCCUUGACGUACAUGACAUAUAUCAAUGCGUCGUCAUUCUCUUCUUUUACCAGACUUCUUCUAUCUAGAUCAUAAGAAAAUACGGAAUGGACAUCUUUAUACAGAUAUCUUUAUGCGAAUAUCAAAAUUUGUUCGCAAUUAGACUCUAUAUUUUGUCGGAGCAAUUGAUAUCAAUACUGAAAUGAUAUCA